CACAAUCCUAAGAGGUUUCUUAGUAGAGGUUUUCUCUGUUCAAAACUAUGGUGCUGAAGAUAGCUGAUGAAUAUAGGCUACAAGUUGAGUCAAACACAGAGGAAAAUAGAAAUUUGGUUGUAGUGAGAGAAUAUUGUGAAGAGAGAGAUAAGGUGUCAGUGGAGAAGAUGGAGAGGCAGUGUGAUGUUGGACAGAAAGGGAAGCCUUCUAUUUUUACUGAUCUUCUGGGUGAUCCUAUUUGCCGCGUUCGUCACUUCCCUUCGCACGUCAUGCUGGUUGCAGAGUAUGGAAAAGCAAGAGAAAUCGUAGGAGUUAUAAGAGGAUGUAUCAAACAUGUGACAACAGGUCAUUCUCAUCAUGUUCUAAAGCUGGCAUAUAUUUUGGGCUUAAGGGUCUCUACCACUCACAGGAGGCUUGGAGUUGGCACAAAACUUGUUCAACAUAUAGAGGAAUGGUGCAAACAAAAGGGCGCAGACUAUGCAUAUAUAGCAACAGAUUGUGCCAAUCAGCCGUCCAUCAGCUUGUUUACACAGAAAUUUGCAUACACAAAAUUCAGAUCUCCCACAGUGCUGGUUCAGCCUGUUCACGCCCACUACAAGCCAAUAGGCUCAGGGAUUUCCAUAGUCCGCGUUCCUCCGCACGUUGCUGUUAAAAUUUAUCGCCAUCUCUUUGCAAAUGCUGAGUUCUUUGCUGAGGAUAUUGAUGCCAUUCUGUUCAACAAGCUUAACUUGGGAACCUUCAUGGCAGUUCCUAAGAAGCUGCUCCCUAAGUGGGACCCUGAAACAGGGAUCCUUCCUCAGAGUUUUGCAGUCUUGAGCGUGUGGAACACUAAAGAAGUUUUCAAGUUGCAGGUGAAGGGAAUGUCUAAGCUAACUUAUGCAUGUUGCAUGGGAAGUAGAUUGUUGGAUUCAUGGUUACCAUGGCUGAGAGUACCUUCAUUUCCAGAUGUAUUCAGUCAAUUUGGGGUGUAUUUUUUGUACGGGCUAACCAUGAGAGGAACUAAUGGUCAACGCCUCAUGAAGUCUCUAUGCACAUUCGUGCAUAACAUGGCAAAGGACGAUGUAGGAUGUGGGGCGCUGGUAACAGAGGUAGGCCAACAGGAUCCUGUAAGAGUGGCCAUCCCCCAUUGGAAGAGACUUUCAUGGAACGAAGAUCUAUGGUGCAUCAAGAAGCUGACAGAUCUGGAAGGAGAUAACUAUGAAGGAUCUAAAACAUGUGAUUGGAUCAAAUCUCCACCGUCUUCAGCAGGGAUAUUUGUUGACCCUCGAGACAUCUAAGUAUCUUCCUUUCUUCUUUUCUUUCCUUUUUCUUCUCUCCCAAAUCAGUACAGAAAAUGACAAAAUCCUGCUGUGUACUGUCUUACAGUACAAAAGGAAUGUUCAUAAACCUCUAGCCUAGUCUUUUUCUUUUCUUUUUUUAUCCCCAAUACUCUUCAGUUCAGUUAAUGACAACUGAAAGAAGCUAAGCUUACACUUUUUAAGUCACAUUUCAAUCAUUGGUCUUGAACAAGUUCUAGAAGUCAGUUGAGGGCUAAUGUGACAGGUGAGUGGAAAAUUGCAAAAUAUCAUUACAAUUUCAGGUAUU